AUGUCCGAAUGCGAUCAUUGGUAUGCAGAUGGCACAUUUUCAUGUGCCCCAUCUAUUUUUAAACAAUUAUAUACUAUUCAUGGAAUACAAUCAUCAAACGUCUUACCUUCAGUUUAUGCACUCUUACCAAAUAAAAAAAAGAAAACAUAUAUUCGUUUGUUGCAAAGCCUAAAAACAUUAAACUGCAACUUAAAACCAAAAACGGUCAUGUUAGAUUUUGAAAUUGGUGCAAUGACUGCUUUGAAAAAAGAAUUCAGUGAUAUCAAAAUUCGUGGUUGUCAUUUUCACUUUGCGCAAUCUGUCUGGAGACACAUUCAAGAAUGUGGUCUAUCAAAACAAUAUAAAGAAGAUUCUACUUUCGCUUUUGAAAUAAAAAAAUUAAACGCCUUGGCAUAUGUUCCGGUUGAUUAUGUUGUUAGAUAUUUUGAAUAUUUAGUUGACACUCCUUUUUACCGAGAACUGGAAUCUGAUUUAUCGAGAUUACUCGACUAUUUUGAAGAAACGUGGGUUGGUAAAAUGGACAGGAGCAGGAAAAGGAAAAAUCCAAAAUUUUCAAUGAAUAUAACCUUCCAAAAACUAAUAAUUCGGUAG